UCAUUGCACGAAUUGCAAGCGGAAUACAGUAAACUCAUCUCUUUUUUAAAUUAGAAUGAAAAAGAUUUUGAUGGAUCUUCUUGAGGAAAUAAUUGAGUUGUAUUGUUGUCUUUACCAUGUUCUCAGGUUACAGGUGUUGUCCUGUUUUGGGUAAAUAUUUUAACGUGGUAUUUUUUUUUAGUUUGUAUAGCAUAUAUAAUUAUUGGAAACCCCAUUAUGACAAAAUAUACUGUACAGUAGUGCCAAAGAAAUGAUCUUACUAUUGUUUUCAUACCCGCACGCGGAAUUCUAGCAGCCAUGUUGGAUGUGGAGCGAUUGCUUUUUCUAUCACACGCGUUUCUAUGUCGGAAGUUGGGGUUAGAGGGGAAUGCACAGAAGUAACCUGGUUGUGUCUCGUCGUCACAUCACCCCAUACUCUGCUGUUCAAAGCCACUGAACGGGCAACUGUGACCUCAUCAUGACGUGAUUUUCACUACGGACAUAGACUUGUCUUCCAGACUACAGUCAUGAAUUGAGCUCUUCAACUGAACUGUUCAGAAUUGCGUGCCGAUUCAUCUCCUCCGUAGUUGCAGCCUGUGCGUGUCACCCAGCAAUGGCACAGCCGGAAGACGCUGCCAAAAAGCCCCCAGUUAUAGCGGCAGCACACCCCCACUUCAUUGUGGGAUCGGUGUCUGAGGAUAAUUCUGAAGAUGAAGUUCAAGGGAAGCCGGAUGUGCAGAUGGAGGAGAAGGAGGGACGCUCUUUGUCACCAUCAUCUGGGAGCUCUGAUAGCACAAAUGACAUGAGCUUUGAGCACCUUGAUGGUUCCAUGCACAACAAUCUGAGGCCAAGCAUGUCUGGGCUGCACUUGAUAAAGCAAAAUCGCGAUCGCCGGCGUAUCGAUCUGCAGAGGGACUUCACUGUGGCAUCUCCUGCUGAGUUUGUCACACGGUUUGGUGGCAACAAGGUCAUUGAGAAGGUGCUUAUCGCUAACAAUGGGAUCGCCGCAGUCAAGUGCAUGCGUUCUAUUCGCCGCUGGGCUUACGAGAUGUUUCGAAACGAACGGGCAAUCCGAUUUGUGGUGAUGGUGACUCCGGAGGACCUGAAAGCCAAUGCUGAGUACAUAAAAAUGGCUGAUCAUUAUGUGCCUGUGCCUGGAGGGACUAAUAAUAACAAUUAUGCCAACGUGGAGCUGAUUCUGGACAUUGCCAAACGAAUACCUGUGCAGGCUGUUUGGGCUGGAUGGGGCCAUGCCUCAGAGAACCCCAAACUGCCAGAGCUGCUCCAUAAGAAUGGCAUUGCUUUCAUGGGUCCUCCUAGCCAGGCAAUGUGGGCAUUAGGAGAUAAGAUUGCUUCAUCUAUUGUGGCUCAAACAGCUGGCAUCCCCACCUUACCAUGGAGUGGAAGUGGCCUGACAGUCAAAUGGUCCGAAGUCAAUCAAAAGAAACACAUUAUCAAUGUUCCUCAUGACCUUUAUGAGCUGGGCUGCAUCCAGGAUGUAGACGAUGGCCUGAAGGCUUCUGAGAAGAUCGGCUAUCCUGUUAUGGUGAAGGCCUCAGAAGGAGGGGGAGGUAAAGGCAUCCGUAAAGUCAAUUGCGCUGAAGAUUUCCCAAACCUUUUCAGACAAGUCCAGGCAGAGGUUCCAGGUUCCCCUGUGUUCAUCAUGCAGCUGGCCAAACAUGCCCGCCACUUGGAGGUCCAAAUCUUGGCAGAUCAGUACGGCAAUGCCAUUUCCUUGUUUGGCAGAGACUGUUCAGUGCAGCGGCGACAUCAGAAAAUUAUAGAGGAGGCGCCAGCUACCAUUGCCACAUCUGACGUUUUUGAGGAUAUGGAAAGGUGUGCUGUGAAGCUGGCAAAGAUGGUGGGCUAUGUGAGUGCAGGCACGGUGGAAUACCUCUACAGCCAAGACGGCAGCUUCUACUUCCUGGAGCUCAACCCUCGUCUCCAGGUUGAACACCCCUGCACGGAGAUGGUGGCUGAUGUCAACUUGCCCGCAGCCCAGCUGCAAAUUGCAAUGGGCAUCCCCCUUUACCGAAUCAAAGACGUCAGGAUGCUUUAUGGGAUGCAGCCAUGGGGUGACUCCCCCAUCGACUUUGCAGUUCUAUCCACAGCCGCCUCCCCACGUGGACAUGUCAUUGCAGCUCGCAUCACCAGUGAAAAUCCAGACGAGGGUUUCAAGCCGAGCUCUGGAACAGUGCAAGAGCUGAACUUUCGCAGCAAUAAAAAUGUGUGGGGCUACUUUAGUGUUGCAGCUGCUGGCGGACUGCAUGAGUUUGCCGACUCCCAAUUUGGACACUGUUUUUCUUGGGGAGAGAACCGCGAAGAAGCCAUCUCGAACAUGGUGGUAGCUUUGAAGGAAUUGUCUAUCAGAGGAGACUUUCGGACUACAGUGGAAUACCUCAUCAAGCUGCUGGAAACAGAAAGCUUUCAGCACAACAGCAUAGACACGGGCUGGCUGGAUAGGCUCAUCUCUGAGAAGAUGCAGGCUGAGCGUCCCGACACGAUGCUGGGUCUCGUGAGUGGAGCUCUUCAUGUCGCAGAUGUUAAUUUAAGGAACAGUGUGUCCAUUUUCCUGCAUUCUCUGGAGAGAGGGCAGGUGCUGCCAGCGCACACACUUCUCAACACGGUGGAUGUAGAGCUGAUCUAUGAAGGCAUUAAGUACGUCCUGACUGUGACUCGCCAGUCACCCAACUCUUAUGUGCUCAUCAUGAACAACUCCACAGUCGAAGUCGAUGUCCAUCGGCUCAGUGACGGAGGUUUGUUGCUAUCCUAUGACGGCAGCAGCUACACUACCUACAUGAAGGAAGAGGUAGACAGGUAUCGCAUCACCAUAGGGAACAAGACCUGUGUUUUCGAAAAGGAGAACGACCCGUCGCUGCUGCGAUCGCCCUCAGCGGGAAAAAUCAUCCAGUACACAGUGGAAGAUGGCGGUCAUGUGUUUUCUGGCCAGUGUUAUGCUGAAAUAGAGGUAAUGAAGAUGGUGAUGACUCUCACCGCUGCUGAGUCUGGUUGUAUUCACUAUGUGAAGAGGGCUGGAGCAUCACUAGAGCCCGGUUGCGUCAUUGCCAAACUUCAACUGGAUGACCCUACGCGAGUACAGCAGGCUGAGCUGCAUACAGGUACCUUGCCCUCUACCCAGGCUGUUGCUUUACGCGGGGAGAAACUACACAGAGUUUUCCACAACACACUGGAUCACCUUGUUCACGUCAUGAAUGGCUACUGUCUCCCUGAGCCUUUCUUUGGCGCCAAGUUGAAAGAAUGGGUGGAAAGGCUAAUGAAAACCAUGCGUGACCCUUCGCUGCCACUUCUGGAGCUUCAAGAUAUUAUGACUAGCGUCUCGGGUCGCAUCCCCCCUGCUGUGGAGAAAGCCAUCAAGAAGGAAAUGGCUCAGUAUGCUAGCAACAUCACCUCGGUGCUCUGCCAGUUCCCCAGUCAGCAGAUUGCAAACAUCCUGGAUAGCCAUGCGGCGACUCUCAAUAAGAAGUCUGAAAGAGAAGUCUUCUUCAUGAACACGCAAAGCAUUGUUCAGCUGGUGCAGAAAUAUCGCAGUGGGAUCCGAGGUUACAUGAAGGCAGUAGUAAUUGAUUUGCUCCGACAAUACCUGAAAGUAGAGAUCCAGUUUCAGAAUGGACACUAUGACAAGUGUGUGUUUGCCCUGCGUGAAGAAAACAAAGGUGACAUGGCUAAUGUGCUCAACUACAUCUUCUCCCAUGCGCAAGUCACCAAGAAGAACCUGCUGGUUACAAUGCUAAUUGACCAGUUAUGUGGCCGAGAUCCCACACUGACAGAAGAACUGAUGGCCAUGUUGACUGAAUUCACCCAGCUCAGCAAAACAACCAAUGCGAAGGUGGCACUUCGUGCACGCCAGGUGUUGAUAGCGUCUCACCUUCCCUCUUAUGAGCUUCGCCACAACCAGGUGGAGUCCAUCUUCCUCUCUGCUAUUGAUAUGUAUGGCCACCAAUUCUGCAUUGAGAACCUACAGAAACUUAUCCUUUCCGAAACAUCAAUAUUUGAUGUCUUGCCCAACUUCUUCUACCACAGUAAUCAGGUUGUCCGAAUGGCCGCCCUUGAGGUUUAUGUGCGCCGAGCAUACAUUGCUUAUGAGCUCAACAGUGUGCAGCAUCGCCAGUUGAAGGACAACACUUGUAUAGUAGAGUUCCAGUUCAUGCUCCCCACCUCGCACCCAAACAGAGGGAACAUCCCCACUCUAAACAGGAAAAUGUCUGCUCCUUCAAUCCUGGACAUUAUAAAAGGCCCAAAUGGCACAAAUUUGGAAUCGCUGGGCAGGUUUGAUGCAAAACCCCUGAAGUCCUCUCAUUGGGUGGAUGGUAAACUGUCUUGUGGAGGAAUAAAUUCUUAUUCAGAUUGCUUUCACCACAGGAUGUCAUUCUCAUCAAAUCUGAACCACUAUGGAAUGGUGCACAUGGCUAGCGUGAGUGAUGUUUUGUUGGACACAUCCUUUACGCCCCCCUGUCAGCGGAUGGGCGCCAUGGUCUCCUUCCGCUCAUUCCAGGAGUUCACCAAGAACAUAACAGAUGUGUUGAGUUGCUUCACAGACUCUCCUCCCCCAAGCCCGACCUUCCCCGAGGGAGGUAACCCCGUCCUGUAUGGUGAAGAGGACAACAAGAGCAUCCAAGAGGAACCCAUUCAUAUACUGAAUGUGGCUAUAAAGACCGACAGUGACAUGGACGAUGAUGGCCUGGCAUCCAUGUUUCGGGAUUUCACCCAAUCAAAGAAAUCUCUGCUGUUUGAACACGGAAUCCGUCGCUUGACUUUCCUUGUGGCUCAGAAGGAUUUCAGAAAGCAAAUCAACUGUGAGGUGGACCAAAGGUUUCACAGAGAGUUCCCCAAAUUUUUCACAUUCCGUGCCAGGGAUAAAUUUGUGGAAGACAGGAUCUACCGCCACUUAGAGCCGGCUUUAGCUUUCCAGCUGGAGCUCAACCGCAUGCGCAAUUUUGCCCUGACAGCCAUUCCUUGUGCCAACCACAAGAUGCACCUCUAUCUGGGUGCGGCACGUGUGGAAGUGGGAGCAGAAGUUACAGACUACCGUUUUUUUGUGCGAGCCAUUAUCCGCCAUUCUGAUUUAGUUACAAAGGAGGCUUCUUUUGAGUACCUUCACAAUGAGGCUGAGCGCUUGCUUCUUGAGGCCAUGGAUGAGCUUGAGGUUGCUUUCAACAACACAACUGUGCGUACCGACUGUAACCACAUAUUCCUCAAUUUUGUCCCCACAGUCAUCAUGGACCCUUCAAAGAUAGAGGAGUCAGUGCGGUCCAUGGUGAUGCGCUAUGGCAGCCGGCUGUGGAAGCUACGCGUCCUGCAAGCUGAACUGAAAAUUAACAUCCGCCUGACUCCAACAGGAAAGCAAAUCCCCAUUCGCUUGUUCCUCACAAAUGAAUCUGGUUACUACCUGGACAUCAGCCUCUACAAGGAGGUCACUGACGCCCGAACGGGACAGGUGGGGCCCAAAGACCGCCAGAUCAUGUUCCAGGCAUAUGGAGACAAGCAGGGUCCUUUGCACGGCAUGCUCAUCAACACACCUUACGUCACCAAAGACCUGCUGCAGUCAAAGCGCUUUCAGGCACAGUCACUGGGCACGACUUAUGUCUAUGACUUUCCAGAAAUGUUUAGACAGGCUCUGAAAAAGUUGUGGCACUCAAGCCAAGCAUAUGCUUCCAUACCCAAGUGCCCUCUUCCCUCUGAGUUGCUGACCUUCACUGAGCUGGUACUGGACGCCCAAGGUCAACUUGUCCAGAUGAACCGACUGCCAGGUGGCAAUGAGAUUGGUAUGGUGGCGUGGCGGAUGAGCCUCCAUACACCAGAAUAUCCAGCAGGACGUGAGAUCAUCGUCAUCAGUAAUGAUAUCACACACAAGAUCGGUUCAUUCGGGCCUCAGGAGGAUUUACUGUUUCUGCGUGCCUCGGAGAUGGCCCGAGAGUGCGGGAUCCCUCGUAUCUAUAUCGCGGCCAACAGCGGUGCCCGCAUUGGCUUGGCUGAGGAAAUCCGACAUAUGUUUCACGUGGCCUGGCAAGAUCCAACUGACCCAUACAAGGGUUUCAAGUAUCUUUACCUCACACCUCAGGAUUAUAAGAAGGUCUCAGCCCUGAACUCUGUCCAUUGCGAACAUGUGGAGGAUGAGGGAGAAUCCAGGUACAAGAUCACCGACAUCAUUGGAAAGGACGACGGGCUGGGUGUGGAGAAUCUGAAAGGGUCCGGCAUGAUCGCUGGAGAAUCUUCUGUGGCUUACGAGGAGAUCAUUACAAUGAACCUGGUAACGUGCCGAGCCAUUGGAAUUGGAGCCUAUCUCGUGAGACUCGGUCAAAGAACCAUUCAGGUGGACAACUCACACAUCAUCCUUACUGGAGCUGGAGCACUUAACAAGGUGCUGGGCAGAGAGGUUUACACAUCAAAUAACCAGCUGGGUGGAAUCCAAAUUAUGCACAACAAUGGUGUGACGCACAACACAGUUUGUGAUGACUUUGAGGGAGUCUUCUCUCUUCUGCAGUGGCUCUCUUACAUGCCAAAGUGCAAGUUUAGUCCAGUGCCCAUUCUGAGUGCCAAGGACCCAAUCGAUAGACCAGUUGACUUUGUGCCAACAAAGGCACCCUAUGACCCUCGUUGGAUGUUAGCUGGUCGUCCAAGCCAGAGUCCAAAAGGCUCCUGGCAGAGUGGCUUCUUUGACCAUGGCUCCUUUAUGGAGAUAAUGCAGCCAUGGGCUCAGAGUGUGGUGGUGGGCAGAGCUCGACUGGGUGGGAUACCUACCGGAGUGGUGGCUGUGGAAACAAGGUCAGUGGAGCUGUCAAUCCCAGCUGAUCCAGCUAAUUUGGACUCUGAGGCCAAGAUCAUCCAGCAGGCGGGGCAAGUGUGGUUCCCCGAUUCGGCUUUCAAAACAGCCCAAGCUAUUAAGGACCUGAACCGAGAGGGGUUGCCUCUCUUUGUGUUUGCCAAUUGGAGGGGCUUUUCUGGAGGAAUGAAAGACAUGUAUGACCAGGUAUUGAAGUUUGGGGCCUACAUUGUGGACGGGCUGCGGGAGUAUAAGCAGCCCGUGCUGGUUUACAUCCCCCCACAAGCCGAGCUGCGGGGAGGAUCCUGGGUGGUCAUAGAUCCCACCAUCAACCCCCGACAUAUGGAGAUGUAUGCUGACAAGGACAGCCGCGGUGGAGUGCUGGAGCCCGAGGGAACCGUGGAGAUCAAGUUUAGGAGAAAGGACCUGGUAAAGACCAUGAGACGAGUCGAUCCAGUCUACAUGAGCUUGGCAGAAAGAUUGGGAACUCCAGAGUUGAGCCCUCCUGAGCGCAAGGAGCUGGAAAUGAAGCUAAAAGAGCGAGAAGAGUUUCUGUUGCCUAUCUAUCACCAGGUGGCUGUUCAGUUUGCGGACCUGCACGACACUCCCGGUCGCAUGCAGGAGAAGGGCGUCAUCACGGAUAUCCUGGAGUGGCAAACAUCGCGGCAUUUCUUCUACUGGCGCUUGCGCCGCCUCCUCCUGGAGGAAACAGUAAAGAGAAAGAUCCAAGCGGCCAAUAGCGAGCUGACAGACGGGCAAGUUCAGGCGAUGCUGCGCCGCUGGUUUGUCGAGGCGGAAGGUGCCGUCAAGGCCUAUCUGUGGGACAACAACGAAGAGGUGGUGGGAUGGCUGGAGAGGCAGCUCGCCGAAGACGAGGGAGCGAGGUCGGUCGUCGACGAGAACAUCAAGUACAUUCGGCGCGAUCACAUCCUCAAGCAGAUUCGCAGCUUUGUUCAAGCUAACCCAGAAGUGGCUAUGGAUUCCAUAGUGCACAUGACCCAGCACAUCUCGCCCACACAGAGAGCUGAGGUGGUGCGUAUAUUGUCCACUAUGGAGACCUCAGCCUCGUCCUAGGGCUGAGGCCACAGCCGCCUGGCUCGGGUUCCGGGCUGGCAAGUAUGGUUGGGAGGAGCCAACACGAGUGCCCCUCGGCAGCCGCCAGGGAACCGAUGAAUCGUUGGUAAUGACUCUCGGAUUUCUCGUAAUUUGUCUUAACAAUCAGUUUGUGUAAAAGUACAUAUUUCGUGUUCACGUUCCAUCAACUGCAAAUGACUAAUACGAAGUAUGACCUGGUGUGGGCCUUGAACCAAUGCAGAACUGAACUAAUGAACUGGAAUGUUGUCAUAUUCCAAUACAUACUGCUUUCUGGCAACAUGUUAUUAAAGUAAUUUGAGGACAUCGUCUGCAGCCUUGGCAAGAGAAGGUCUUUUAAACUACCAACAAGGGUGCACUUAGUUACUGAGCAGAAAAAUAGCAGGAGUGUGAUAACCCAUUUGGACAGAGGAGCACAGCAGGGAGUAAAAGGAGGCCUUUUUCACCCCGACUGCUUCCCAGUUGUCCUGCCGUGAGCACAAAACUACAGCUGUCCCUUCACGCUGCUCCACAUGCACUUUAUACUCCUUUGCUGUUCACAUUGCAUACACAACCAAACUUGCUCUCUCUGUAAAUGUAGUAUUCAUUAGUCGUGCACACUGUUACGACCGUGCACACACACACACACACACACAUGGGUGAACAUAUUGAAAUUUAACGGGAUAUAGUAGUUACCACACAGAGUUGAUAUUAGCAUGUUUUUUUUCCACAUUUAUUUUUUGUCAUCUCUUGCUGUCCAAAACAAUCAUUGAAAAUAACUGUAUUAUUAAUUUUGUAAUAGAAAAUAUUUUUAAAUGCAUGAUGAGAUCACCUCAGUUCAAUGAUUCAUGUCAAGUCAGCAAAUGUUUCAUCGUAAUCCAUGGUAACUGUUUUAUUUAUAUUGUUUUGUACUAAAUGUUGCUUAUUUUUAAUAAUUGUAUCCUCAAUUGCAGAUUUCCUUUCCUGAUUUUUCUUUCAAAGGGUACCUUGUGAGAACUAUGUGGCACAAAUACAUAGACGCUACAUUAAGUGACAAUGAGUAAACAGCACUGUCAUGUUGAACUCAGUCCUUGACAUCACUGCCUCAUUAUGUUGAUCUGACAAUGUGAAAACAGCUUUGUGCUCAGUGCUGUGCCCCCCCCCCCCCCGCACUGACGUGUACUGACGUGCCGGCCAGUUGCUUUUGAACGCACUGGUUGUAACCUUAAAAUGAUGGUGAAAGAAUGACGUUAGCAAUCCAAAUAAAGCAUA